AUAAUGCACACAACACAAGUAGUUAAUCUUUUUAUUUUUGUCUCUCUCAUUCACUGAUAAUUGUUCAAAAAUGCCAACUCUAUUCUCUAAACAACUUCACCUCUGUUUCUUCAAACUCAAAUAUCUCUCCCAACCUCAACCACAACAACACCACCACCACCACCACCAUAAAUCUACUCCAUCACAAUUACCACCUUAUAACACUUUCCAUUUCAACACCACCUUCACCCACCACAACUCCGUCGUGGAAGACUAUUUCUCCGACGACACCACAAACCUCCCACCACCCGACUUCGCUUCCGUCUUCGCUUCCCAACGGUUCUUCUUCUCUUCCCCCGGAAGCUCCAAUUCCAUCAUAGAAACAGAGUCUUCCCCAGACACUACUCCACCAUACAACUCGUUGAUACCGAAAGGAGGUACCGUGAAAAGGGUACCAAAGUACUCUGUAAACCCCUACGUUGAUUUCCUCUGUUCUAUGCAGGAAAUGAUUCAAUCUCACCAACCAGUUUUGGAUGUUACUAAUGAUUGGGAUUAUCUUCAUGAGCUUCUUUUAUGUUACCUUGCUCUUAAUCCUACACAUACUCAUAAGUAUAUUGUUCGUGCUUUCACUCAUCUCCUUGUUGAUCUUUUAUCUUCUUCAUCAUCCUCCUCCUUCUCUUCUUCAUCGCCGCAGUCGCCACCUCGCCGGAACCUCAUUAGCCAACGCCAAGGUAGUUUCUUAAGGAGGUUGAUGUAGAAACAUUAGAUGUUUUAUGUAAUUUUCUAAAUUGUGGUUGCAUAAGUUGCGUAUUGUGGCAAAUGUGAGUAAAUACAAUCAUGUUAUUUUAGAGGUCUUCAAAACUUUUGUAUUGUUGAUGCAAUUUAGAACCAACAAGGAUUUUAUCUAAGAUUUAUGAGCAAUUUUUGGUGUACACUUCAUAUUCAAUAAAUUUUUUGGAUGUCCUCUCA